CCCAGCUACCUCCCAGCGGUUGGCCGUGCCCCUGCUAGGCCAUGAGGACUCUGGGCCUUUUUGUCCUCUGCUUGCCAGUGCUUCUGGCCCAGGGACAGUACGACCUUGGAGACCCCGCGUACCAUGACCCGCCAUACAUCCCCUAUGAAAUAGACAGUCCAGACUAUUAUGACUACGCUGGCAACGACAUCGCCUCGCAGACCCCCGGAGAAGAGCAAUACCCGUACCAGUCCCAGCAGCAGAACCAGCAGGAGGUCAUUCCGGCCCCGACCCCAGGCACGCCGGAGACGGAGCCCACAGAGCCCGGGCCCUUUGACUGCCAGGAGGAGCAAUACCCCUGCACCCGGCUGUACUCGGUCCACAAGCCCUGCAAGCAGUGCCUGAACGAGCUCUGCUUCUACAGUCUGCGCUCUCUGCAGCAGGGGAGCCAAGAGCUCUGCCUGGGGGGGGGGCACGAAGAGCUGCUCAGAGCUGACCUCUGCCGUGACAAGUUCUCCAGGUGCAGCGUGAUGGCGACCAGCGGCUUGUGCCAGAGCGUGGCUACCUCCUGUGCCAGAAGCUGUGGGGGCUGCUAAGCGGGGGCACCCCACAGUCCAGCAAGCCGGGCCUUCCCUGCAGCAGGGCGGGAUCGGCCUGCCCCCUCCGUCUGGCGCACGGCAUCCUCAAAGGCCGCCUCUGCCCUUCUUGCUGGCUGAAGCUGCAGAGCAGGCAGCACCUGGGGGUGGUGGUGGUGUGUGUGUAUGUGCACACUGUCAUAUUAAAAAGCCAACAAGAGGAAGAAGCGGCUCUCCCUCCCACUCCCCCC